AUGGGUGAGAUACGUUCGUCAAAGGUGCGAAAGCCCAUGAGAAAGCCUUCCCGUCAUCAGCAUCGACCUCCUCGUCAAUUUCCUCAAGACUUCGAUUAUGCAAGAGGCUUCCAGUACCUGGAGCCUUUGAAAUAUAUAUAUCAGGUGGCCGUGGUUGGUGACGCUUUAGAAAGUCUUAGAGAAUAUGACAACGGAUCUCCUGAAGGAUUCGAGGACAGCGACCAUGACCACUCUCUGGCGGCGGCGCGCAUCAAGCUGACCGCCAGAGAUUCUCGUCGAAAGAAGAUCAGUGAUGAGACGACGGAAGAAAGUCCGCCGGAAGAAGACGAAGCAACUCUUAGAGAGCUGCUAGUAAGUCUGCAGAAGCAGGUGAGCGUGAUGAGCAUGAACCUAAACGCCAAGUUGGAUAAUCUACAACGAGGAGAUCGUCAUUUUGAAACAACCGUUGCUCUUACCGAAAUCCGUUGCCAACUUCAAGAACUGACGAAAAGCGUCGAGAGUUGUCAGUCUGAAGUGAGCGAAGUCAAACGGGACAUGGUUGCCAUCAAACACGAAUUGGACACCGUUCAACAAGUGAAAGAAGAAAUCGAAGAAUUGAGAGAAUACGUGGAUAGGUUGGAAGAACAAACUCACAGGCGAAAACUCCGAUUGUUGGAGCAGGGUUUGACAUUUUUCCUCUCAUACGCCAUAUUGGCCGCAGUCCUUGGAAUGCUCCAGUUUGGCUACAAUACCGGAGUGAUUAACGCGCCAGAAGUUAACAUCGAAAAUUUUAUUAAGGAUGUUUACAAACAGAGAUACGAGGAAGAUAUUCAAGAAGAAGCCGUUCAAUUGCUUUAUUCCGUCGCCGUGAGUAUUUUUGCCAUCGGCGGAAUGUUGGGCGGUUUCAGCGGCGGAAUAAUAGCCAAUCGAUUCGGAAGAAAAGGUGGUUUACUAUUAAAUAACGUUUUGGGAAUCGGCGGAGCUUGCUUGAUGGGAUUUACAAAAUUUGCAAGUUCGUACGAACUUCUCUUCAUAGGAAGAUUCAUCAUCGGCGUUAAUUGUGGUUUAAAUACAUCACUCGUACCGAUGUACAUUUCUGAAAUAGCUCCUCUUAAUUUAAGAGGAGGAUUGGGGACCGUUAAUCAACUUGCCGUCACGGUCGGACUCGCUUUAUCACAAGUUCUUGGUAUUGAACAAAUUCUGGGAACUAACGAUGGUUGGCCGAUACUGUUGGGACUCGCUGUGUGUCCCGCCGUACUUCAACUUCUCCUACUUCCUCUCUGUCCCGAAAGUCCCAGAUAUUUGCUUAUAACGAAACAAUGGGAAGAAGAAGCUAGAAAAGCCUUAAGGAGAUUAAGGGCUUCUAAUCAAGUGGAAGAAGACAUUGAAGAAAUGAGAGCAGAACAAAGAGCACAACAAGCGGAAGCAACAAUUUCAAUGACUGAAUUAAUAUGUUCUCCAACGUUGAGGGCUCCUCUCAUAAUAGGCGUAGUCAUGCAGUUAUCGCAACAAUUAUCCGGGAUCAAUGCCGUUUUUUAUUAUUCGACUGGAUUAUUUAUAAGUUCGGGACUCUCGGAAGAAAGCGCGAAAUUUGCCACGAUCGGGAUAGGUGCCAUAAUGGUAGUCAUGACGCUUGUUUCCAUACCACUUAUGGAUAGAGCGGGAAGGAGAACACUUCAUCUUUAUGGCCUUGGUGGAAUGUUUAUAGUUUCUAUAUGCAUAACCAUUUCCUUUUUAAUAAAGGAAAUGACCGAUUGGAUGUCGUAUUUAUCGGUCGUCUUCACUCUCAGUUUUGUCGUUUUCUUUGCCGGAGGACCCGGAAGCAUACCCUGGAUGAUCACGGCUGAACUUUUUUCACAAGGUCCGAGACCUGCGGCCAUGUCUAUCGCCGUCCUCGUCAAUUGGAUGGCUAAUUUUCUCGUCGGAAUCGGUUUUCCGACCAUGAAGGCCACGUUAGAAAAUUACACGUUCCUUCCUUUCAGCGUUUUUCUCGCAAUAUUUUGGAUUUUCACGUACAAAAAAGUUCCGGAAACUAAAAAUAAAACUUUCGAAGAAAUUCUUUCCCUUUUCCGACACGGCAACGAAAGGUAA